CUUGGACUUGGGCCUGGGCUUACAGGUACCCAGCCCGCUCCGCUCCUCUCCUUCUCGGCACUGCUGAUGUGCAUUCUCGGGCUGUAGAGUUUGUGGUAUAAUAAGACCCUAACAUCCCCCUCUCGAUUUUGGUUUUCAUCAUCGAUUAUCACAAACAACAAUCACAACAACAGCUACUCUUCAGCCUCAUUAUUAACCGUCCCCUUUGAAGCCGGCGCUUACCACUAGCCUAUUCAAUUCAUCAAUUCGACUCUCUUGCUUCAGUCGAUAAUUCAUAAUUCAUAACUCAUCACACAACUCAACCUCAUCUCAACCACUUACACACAAACACCACAAAACACCUUCAUCAUGCCCGCUCGAUCAGACUACGGCUCCGUCUCCAUGUCCAUGUCUCCCCCUCCUCCUACAAACCUCUCAAGCUAUUCCCGCUUCAUGCACGACCACACAAAGCGUCAGAUGGAGGCUUCCGGUGCUAGCCCACCCCCAACCAACGCUACUGCUCAGCGCGCCCGUUCGUCUGGCAUGACAAACGGCCACACAAGCCCCAACUACUCAUAAAUCAUGACGAGGAUACGACAUUACUAGAACUCCACUCUCAUCAUGAGUUCUAUUUCUCAUUGUUUUGUCGUUCUGCCUUGGCUGUUGCGGCAUGACAUCAAUCGCGACGUCAAUGGUGGCGAAGCUGCCCAAGCCCCUUCAGAGCCAGGGCCUCAUCAUCAACAUUUUUCUCAUGUAACAGCAACACAUCUUUCCGGCGUACUGGUGCCUAAAAAGAUCAUUUUUAUAUGACGAUAUGGCCUAUUUUCAGAGUUCUUUUUCUUUACAAGCAAACACGACAUGCAAGGCGUUUGGUCGAGGGUUUAUGAGCUGCGAGAGUAGUAAUGUAACAUAGUGGGAACAGGGACACACAGACAUUAGUGGAGGAAAGGGAUAUAGCUCUUAGCUAUUUGCUGCGACUAGCGGAAUGAUAUAUGAACGAAUUAUCA